CAGCAAGUCUCGCUAAGGGUAGAAACAUUAUGGCGGAACAUGUUAUGUACUUGAGAGCCUAGCUUCUAUGGCUGUGUUAAGAAAAACCUGUUAAGUCCCUGUUAAAGACGGAAUCUAGCUUGCUUAAUGAAGAGUUAGACAAAACGUCGUAACAGCAUGGCACAAUUUGAUAGCCAAAUUCUAGAAUGCAACCAAACACUAUUGGACAAUUACUAUCGAUAAAGAGAGACUACCCCAUCGAUUCGUGCUGAGUGCCGUGCUAAGUGUUUAUUGAAAGUGUUUUUUCUGGUGCUAGACUACCAAUAAGAUUUAUUUACUUAACGUGUCGUUGUCCGAAAUUUGAUUCGGGUGAACUGAAAUCGGCGAAAUGCUUCUGUUAAACACAUUUCUUGGUAAUGACCAAGGAAUGUAUAUGAAGUUCUGAUUGCAUUUUUUACAAGCGUCCACCCAUGGUGGAAAUUGACAGAAUAAAAAUGACUUCUAAGAGCAGUGCAGCCGUAAAACAAGAGAAACGAGAUGAUCAGGAGGAAAUCGAUCUACUUGCAGCCAAGAUGGUUGAAGCCAAUCGAGCCAAGAUGGCAAACUUGUCAUCAGCAGCAACAACUGUUGGACAAACUGGAACAAACAGCAACCCAUUACAACCAGGGAUAGCAUCAGCAUCAAGAAUAAUGCCAGGCACCUUGUUGGGUUACUUUUCCAGAAAUUCAGCUGGUGUAGGUGCCAAAGAAGUUGUUGACGCGAUAAACAAGGAGAAGAGUAACGCAGCUGCUGCUGUGGCAGUAGAUCUAGAAAGUGCCAAAGGACGAUUCGGCUGGACGAACUCCUCAGUGCACAUUCCUUAUAUUUACCGAAGAGACGACAAAAAAUUGUGUUCGGUGCGUGUUCUAGAACAGUGUAUUGUAAAAAUGUUCGCGAACGUGUUGCGACCGGAAUUGUCCGGCUGCGUUUCCAUUCAGAGCUUUUACGUGAGUGAAAUAGAAUCAAGACUAUUGAACGAAAUCAACGUCAAACAUUGCGAUUGGCAAUAUGGUCGAGAAUUGUUUACCGUCCGUGAUUUGAUCAUCAGUUUAGAAGAUGCACAGGAGCUUAUACAGUUCUUACAGACGUGUAAAGAGAAGCUGGUGCGCAAGUCAUGUGACCCUCAGGAUCGGUGCGGAUUCUUCCGUAUUGGCGGCGAAUCGGUUGUUCCUUACACGGUUAUCGGCGGCAUCAAGUACGUUCCUCUCUUCUACUUUGAAGGGGAGACGGGAAAUUUGGACAGGCGGGCCAUUCAGAUUACUGGCUGGGAUCUUGCCUAUCUAAAGUUGUGCUGCAAAGUGCAAGGAAUCCGAAACGAACUCUUUUCUAACGAUUCUUACUCAGCCGUCAGCGUAGACGAUAUCAAGCAGCAAUUCCCGGCUCAAACAGACUUACAGCUAUAUUGGCCAAGUCGUUCGUCGCUAGACGUGCCCAGCAAUGGAGCAUCAAGUGGCAGCAACGUUGGCAUUAACAUGUGGAUACACAAGCCUAGUGGUAGUCCACCUCCCUUGCCUGUCAAUAGUAACACGGCGGCCGCGGCGCUGCAAACGAGUUCAGUCAUUCAGAAAAACCCCGCAGUGUCGGCGGUCAAUGCUGCCACUAGACUGCCUUCCACAUCAUCUGCCUCCGCGUUGCUUCAAGCGUCGGGUAUUGUUCCACCAUCUCGACCGCCUGUUGUCCCUCCCACCUGUACCAAUUCCGCCUUGUAUAAUGGCUGGAGUUCCAUGAAUUCUUAUGCCUCUGUGCAUCAGCAAAUGCAACAACAGCAAAGUGCUUCGAACACCAAUAGCUCUUCUAGUUCUUCAGCAGCGGCAGCUUCUGCUCAUCUAGCGACAGUGUUGCAAUCACAAUCGGCGGCAGCAGCAAGGGCACAAGCAGCAGCUGUAUCUGCCAUGCUAAUGCCAUCCAUGCCAGUUCAUCACUCCAGUAUGGGCCAGGCAUUUAAUAUGAUGCAGUAUGCACAGGCAGUUGCAGGCAUGAUGCAACAGCAACAAUCGCAGCAGCAAGCUCAGUCGCAUCGGAACCAAGCUCCUCCGCCGCCACCAUCUCAGGCUCAUGCUUCAGCAAGCUCAACGUUGGACAACCUUCUGCGUGCGAACGGCAUUCACACCGACCACCAUAGGCUGUCCCAUGGGUCAUCUUCGAAUGCAGCGAUGAAUCAUUCAGCCUAUUCCAGCAGCCAAUCACCUCUAACCGGAGCGGUACCCGGCAGUAGUCCGCACUCAAGAAGUAGCACAGGAGCAUCUCCUCGGCCCGGUUUACCUGUUCCAAGUUCCAGCCUGGUCCAUUCGUCGCUUACUUCUUCCUCCUCCUCCUCGUCGGCUCCAAAGCCGCCGCCUCCUCCGCUCAUCCCCGUCAACGGGAGUCAUCCUCUUUUCUCGUCCAUGCCCAAUAAUAGCAGCAUGGCUUCUCAGGCGUCCAGUCGACUUCACCAGGCGUCAUCCGAAUCGAAUCCGCAUGGAUUGUCGCGUUCUUACCAUCAAUCACAGUAUGAAAUCGGGCAGCGACAUCACCCGCAGAUGCAACACCAGCUCCUCCAACAACAGCAAUCCCAACAACCUCCUCCGUUCAAGCUACAGCUGUACCAGAUAGAAAAUCAAACUGUACCGUGCGUUAAUAGCCGGCAAUACGUCUACAAUAAUCUGAUGAUUGCCCUACCGGACAUGGCUGCCUAUUUGUUUCCUCAUUUAGGUCAUCAAACUUGCAAGCAAGUUCUGCAGGAUGGUCUUGGUGUUACACUCUAUGAAGCCAACCCUCAACAAUUGCAGGUUUUAAAAUCGGCGGGAAAGGUGAGCAGCGUAAGUAGUCUCGCUGGAGAGAAAAUAUCAUUGGUGAACGUUCGUGAUGUCGUCCAAUACAUGCCACAAAUCCGGUAUAUGAUGUCGAGGCUGGAUGGCGGAGCCGAACUAAGCCACGCCCAUUCUUCAAAACGGCAAAGAGUCAGCUGAUUGGCUUUUGACUGAAGAGAGCCAGUGUUAAUGAACCAAGUCGGAUGACACAGGUCAAUCAAGGAAAAGAACAAGACAAGCCUGCCAGCCGACAAACCAAAAA